CUCUCGCUCGUCCCUCAAUCGCUAAAGAAUCUCACUCUUUCCACCGCCACGGGACUCGCUAACAUCGUGAACAACGCCGCGUCCUCCGAGGGUAGUGAAUUUCUGGAAGGAUGGGAUCGGAGGAUGUGUUCAUCUCGCUGAAGGAGCUUUUCCCGCAGGUUGAUCAUCGUAUUCUGAAGGCUGUUUCCAUUGAACAUGCAAAUGAUGUUGAUGCAGCUGUUGAAUUUAUAGUAUCUGAUGUUUUGCCUCGUUUUAGUGGACCACUCAUUGAAACACAAGGAAUUAAACAGUCUUCUCACAAAGCAGGUUCAUUCUCACAAGCUUUUCUAGGUGGCAGCAAUGCCAAUGAAAUUGCUAGCCAAUUUUCAAAACCGAAAGCAGUUGCAUUUGGAACACAUCUCUAUGACUCUCUAAUUAACAAUUGUGUGACUUCAUUAAUGGAGGAAACAACAAGCAGAGAUUUGUGUGCAAGCAGGCCAUAUGUGCCACGUUUUCUGGCAAAUUUCCAUAAAACUUUUGGAGAUGGUGGUUCAAGCAUGCAUUCAAGAGAAGAUGAUGUUGAAUAUGAAGUUCCCCUCGUCUCUGAUCAUCUGAUUGGUGCUUUACAUUGCACAUCAAGUUUGAUGGAUGAAAGGCUGCCUGUUGGAUCUCUUUCAAAUCUUCAGGGUGGUAACAGUCAUGAUCAAUUAUUUUCUGAUAGGGAUUUUGGAACGACUUUAAAAGAUGACUCUGUUCUGCAAAUCCAGAACUCGAAUUCUCUACAUGAUUCUUUUCAAGAAUUAGAUUGUCUCUCUGGGAAAGCUACUUUUUCACCCAGUCUUGGCGGUUCUGAUGAUGAUCAAUCAAUAAUUCUGGGGAAUAUGUCUGAUGAAUUGGGAAGUGUAGCUUGUUCAGAGAAGGAUACUAAUGGAUCUAUGUUUGGAAGUGAAAAAUUAACCUCCUGUUCUGCAGAUCCUGCUAAUAUACAAGAUUCUGAUAGAAUUGAAUAUAAAUUUGCUGAUAAAGAUGCCUUUGCCUCUCCACAAGAGGCCAACCCAUGUGUUCUUGAAAAUUGUAUAAGUUCUGUCCAAUUUGUAGAUUCAGCUAUUGAAGAAUUUAACUGUUCUACUGGAAUCCAAGAAUUUCAACUGGGGAGCAUGACAGAGAAAGUUGCUGAUUUGCCAUCUUUAUCUCAUAAUGAUUGUCAGAUCACUAAUUUAUCCACUAAAUCAAGUCAGAUUUUAAGCAUUGAAUUUCUUGAAGAUUUUAUUGCUGACGCAAAAACCAACAAGAAAGUCUUGCUGUCUGCAAUAGAAUCAACUAUUGAUAUGAUGAAGGAUGUCGAACUUGAAGAGGAGAGGGCCAAACAGGCUAAAGUGGAAGCCUUCAAGGCAGGUGAAGAUAUUCUUAGCAAGGUGGAGGAGCUUAGAGAAAUUUUAAAGCAUUCCAAGGAAGCAAAUGACAUGCAUGCUGGAGAAGUUUAUGGUGAGAAAUCCAUAUUAGCAACAGAGUCACGGGAACUUCAGUCUCGUCUUCUGGGUUUGUCAAAUGAAAGAGACAAAUCUUUUAGAAUUAUCAAGGAGAUUGAAGAAACUCUUAAAGAACGACUAACUACUGCAAAGAAAGAAAUAGCAGCAGCAGAGCAGGAGAAGCUUGAGAGGGAAAGGCUUGCUCAGAAGGCUCUUAUUGAGCAAGAGCAAUUAAUGGAUGCCAUAGUACAAGAGUCCAAAGCACUGCAACAACAAGCCGAGGAAAAUUCUAAGUUGAGGGAGUUCUUAAUGGAACGUGGUCAAAUAGUUGACACAUUGCAGGGAGAAAUAGCAGUGAUCUGCGAAGAUGUGCUGUCACUCAAGGAAAGAGUGGAUGGACGAAUACAGCUCAGUAGAUCAUUGUUAUCGAGAACUGGAAGUUUGGCUUCCUCAUUGAGCUCUUCUAGCUCUUCUCGAACCUCAUUGUCCGGUAGCAAAUCACCCUCUGUGGAGUUAAAAGAUAGCCCUAACCCUAACCCUAAUUCUAACCCCUUGGCUACUACUACUCAACAACUGCUCAAGAGCCAGGAACUGAAAAGCAGUACAAACAAUGGCAAAACUACUUCUGGUGAGAAACAUGGGAUAGAUUUAGAUUGGGAGUUAUUUGAGUGCCCAAUCUUGAACUUGGCAGAGACAACAUGAUUUGGUGGAGCUAUUUCGUCAUUUUAAACUUCUUUCCCUUCAGGCUUUGAUUUCUAUCUAGCAAAAUAAGAUAUUUUGGAACUUGUUGACAUACUGGUGCUGCAUGAUUUCUUGUAAAUAUUGUGAGGUCAGUUCUUGUUAAAGAACAUAAGAACCUUUCUAGUAUUUUUAGUGCAAACUUUUGAUAUGAUUGAUUAGCUUAGAUAGAAUGGUUAAUGAUGGUUUCUGCUUGCGUUUGUUC